AUGUCCUUCACCACCAGUCUCACCGGCCGAGAGCGCUCAAGAUGGCCACCACUCACGCGCAUGCUCAUGUCUGGCGAGAUGUCCGACGAGCGACCACGUGCCUUGACAAGAAAAGAAAAGUUCGAUGUUUGGAUGGUCAACGAGGGCUACAGACGAUUCUUUGUGUUCGCAUUCAUGAUACUGCAUGUCUUUGUAUUCACCUUUGGAAUGAUGCAUUAUUCGUUAAAGGAUACGUCCAUCGGCUCAAGAGCGCAAUUCGGCUUCACUUUCCCAGUCGCCCGUUCCGCUGCUCUAGUACUGCACGUUGAUGUAGCUUUCAUCCUGUUUCCUGUUUGCAGGAAUCUAAUCUCCAUGGCCCGUCGAACUCCAUUGAACGACGUAAUUCCUUUCGACAAGAACAUCACCUUCCACAAGCUGGUCGCUUGGUCCAUCGUAUUCUUCUCCUGGGUGCACACGGUUGCGCAUUGGAACAACUUGGCUCGAUUUUCUGCUGGCAACAAUCUCGGCUUCAUGGGCUUUAUCCUGGCCAACCUUGCCACCGGUCCCGGAUGGAGUGGAUAUGUCAUGCUAAUCGCAUUGAUGGCAAUCGCGUUUACUGCCGCUGAAAAGGCACGACGAGCCAACUUCGAGCGCUUCUGGUACACUCACCAUCUAUUCAUCGUCUUCUUCGUGUUUUGGUCCAUUCACGGUGCCUUCUGCAUGAUCAAGCCUGAUUUUGCGCCCUUCUGCGACGGAAUCGGUGUCUUCUGGGAGUACUGGAUGUACGGUGGAUUCGCGUACCUUGGUGAGCGCAUUGCUCGCGAAGUUCGAGGACGACACAAGACAUACAUAUCGAAAGUCAUUCAACAUCCUAGCAAUGUAUGCGAGAUUCAGAUCAAGAAGGAGCACGCUAAGACUCGCGCUGGUCAGUACCACCCCUUCACGCUUACCAGCGCGCCCGAGGAGGACUACAUCUCGAUCCACAUGCGUAUGGUUGGUGACUUCACACGCGCGGUCGGCAAAGCACUCGGCUGCAAUAUCGACAAGAAACCUGCUGGGGAAAAGGGCGAGAAGGGUGGUAGCAGCGAAGAAAUUGCGCUCCGCCAAAUCCUGCCUCGAGUCUAUAUUGACGGACCCUUUGGUUCGGCGUCUGAGGAUGUCUUCAAGUUCGAAGUUGCCGUUCUUGUUGGAGCCGGUAUCGGUGUUACGCCAUUCGCGUCUAUUCUGAAGAGUAUCUGGUACCGGAUGAACUAUCCGCAAGGCCGCACCAGAUUAAGGAAAGUCUACUUCUUUUGGAUCUGCAGAGAUUUCGGAUCAUUUGAGUGGUUCAGAUCCUUGCUGCUAGCCAUUGAGGCCCAGGAUAUCGACGAUCACAUUGAGAUCCAUACUGUAAGCUUUUUCCUUCACUCCUGCUAUCGCACAACAUCUGACAUCUACCUCCAGUACCUCACCGCCAAAAUCAAGGCAGACGACGCGACCAACAUCAUGAUCAAUGAUGCAAAUGCCGAACAAGAUGCCAUCACCGGUCUGCGCGCUCCCACCAAUUUCGGUCGACCCAACUGGGACAUGAUCUUCAAGUCAAUCCGCAAGAUCCAUUCUCCAGCAGAGGCCGGUGUUUUCUUCUGUGGACCUAAGGGACUAGGCUCAACGUUGCACGUCAAAUGCAACAUGUACUCUCAACCUGGAUUUAAUUUCGUGUGGGGCAAGGAGAAUUUCUAG